CACAAGCCCUAGAGAUUUGUGGCGUAGAAGAAGACGCCCAUGUGAGUAUGAAGCAUGUCGCCUCCAGGAGGAAAGAUAAACAGACCGAAAACGGAGUUAGGGAAGAACCUAUUCAAGCGGAGGCGAAUUCAGACCAAAGAAAGGCGUAAGAAACACCGGAUUGUCGGAGCUAUUGUGGAUGAAGGCCUCAUUACUGUCCACCACUUAAAAAAAAGAAGUUCCAGUGCAAGGGCAAACAUCACCCUCUCUGGGAAGAAGAAGCGCAAACUGAUCAAACAGCUGCAACAUAUGCACAAAGAAAAGACCUCAAUGGAAGUUGCAGCAGAUGCUGCACCAAAGAAGAAACAGGUUUCAUCUGCUCCUGUAAAGAAGAAGAAAAAGCCAGUCAGGCAGCAGGACGUGGAGAUGGAAGAUGUGGAGGAACCUACGCAAUCUUAAACUGCUGAGGGUCUACAGAUUUGGGUCACUUCUAGAUUAUUUUUAUCUUUAUUUUCAGUCUUAAAUACGUACAUAUGUAAUUGUUCAGCAUUCUGUCAUGUUUCUAUGAUUGAGUUUUUGUUGUUACAGUGGGAUUUACAUACACUCAGUACAGUACAACAAUGUGGUGAAAUGAUGCGCAACCAAAAAAAAUAGAUCAACUGAUACCCAUGUGUGUAUGUGCCUUCUAAUCUCACAAUAAAUGAUGCUCUGGGAGCCA